CAUAGGCAUCCCGACAAGAAUACCUCACCGGAAGCUCAGGAAAGAUUUGUAGCUAUUAGUCGAGCUUAUGAAUUACUCUCCGAUCCUCUGAGACGCGAGCGUUUUGACAAGUUUGGAGCUGUUGAUGAAUCUCCACAAUCUGGGCCGCAGUUUAAUGGAUUUGCUGGUUUUGAGCACUUUUUUGGCGGUUUUGGAGGAUAUGAAGAUGGAAUUUUUGGCAAACAACGGAUUUCUUUGCGGCAGUAUACAUAUUCUAUCCUAGAAAAAAGUCAUACUCAACCAUUCCUUCUGUAUGCCUAUUCAAACUACUGUCAGUUGUGCUUCCGCCUACAGCCGCAAUGGAAAGCGGUAUCAGAAGAUCUUGAACCGUUAGGCUACGGUAUCGGAACAGUCAACGCAAUGACUGACGGAAAUUUGCUGGAGAAAUUGCGCAUAUCUCGUCUACCAGCUAUCGUGGCUGUUGUGGAAGGCAGAGUUACACAUUAUCGUUCGGAUAUGUUUUUGAUGAAUGCACGGGAUGUUCGCAUAUUCGCUCGCGACGUCAUUCCUAGAACAUUCAUGUUGAUGAUCAACAAUCACGAUGGUUUGUCAAGAUUUGUGAAUCAGUGGAUGCCGACCAAUAAAGUAGGUGUUGUUCCACUAUGCGGGUUAUCUUGUUAUUUGGGCGUACUAGAACUCCUUAGCUAUGACUGCUGA